AUGGAAGAGAGAACGUUGCUCACUUUGAUGGUCUUUUCCUCACUCAUAGUAUUAACAGAAACCAUUGCUCAAAAGCAUGGUGUUGAAAUCUACAGCCUCCGUGUGGACUCCAAGGUCACAUCGCGAUUUGCCCAUACUGUCAUCACCAGCAAAAUUGUCAACCGAGCUAACGAGUCCAGAGAGGUGACUUUUGAAGUGGAAUUACCCAAGACGGCCUUCAUCACCAACUUCUCCAUGUCCAUUGAUGGUAAGGCGUACCCAGGAAUAAUAAAGGAGAAAGCUUCUGCUCAGAAGGAGUACGACACGGCCGUCUCGCAGGGGCAGAGCGCCGGGCUCGUCAGAAUCACGGGCAGCAAACUGGAGCAGUUUCACGUGUCCGUCAGCGUUGCUGCUGCCAGCAAAGUCACUUUUGAGCUGACCUACGAGGAGCUGCUGAAGCGGCAGCUGGGCAAGUUCGAGCUGCUGGUCAAGGUCCAACCGCAGCAGCUUGUGAAGCAUUUCCAGAUUGAUGUGCACAUCUUCGAGCCCCAAGGGAUACGCCUCUUGGAGACAGAGAGCACCUUCCUGACAAAUGAGUUAACUGAGGCGCUCACGAAAGUGCAGAGUGAAACGAAGGCUCAUAUUUUAUUUAAGCCAACUAUAGAUCAACAGAAGAUAAAUCCUGAACUCAAUGAAACCCUCCUCAAUGGUGAUUUUGUUGUGCGUUAUGAUGUUGAGAGAGGUGCCACUGCAGGUGAUAUAGAGAUUGUCAAUGGCUAUUUUGUGCAUUACUUUGCACCUCAUGAUAUGCCAGUGUUUCCCAAAAAUGUCAUCUUCGUUAUAGAUCGAAGCGGCUCCAUGGCAGGCAGAAAAAUUGAGCAGACAAGGGAUGCCCUGUUGAAGAUUUUGCAAGACCUCCGCCCUGAAGACCAUUUCAGCCUUAUCACCUUUAACAGCAAAGUGGUGGAGUGGAAGAGUUCUUUGCUGCAAGCCACUGCAGAGAAUGUGGAAAGUGCUUCAGGAUUCGUGAAAACUCUUUCAGCUCAAGGAGGCACAGACAUCAACCGUGCGCUGCUGGCUGCCGUGAGCACGCUGGACAAAGCCGAGUCGCUGCCAGAGAGGAGUGUCUCCAUGAUCCUUCUGCUGACAGAUGGCCAGCCCACUUCUGGUGAGAAUAAUGUGGAAGUAAUUCAAGAAAACAUUCAGAAAGCAGUGGAUGGGAAAUGUGCUCUUUUCUGCCUUGGCUUUGGGUUUGAUGUCAGUUAUAAGUUCCUAGAGAAAAUGGCCCUAAGCAACGGGGGAAUAGCACGUCGUAUAUAUGAAAAUGCUGAUGCAGCCUUGCAGCUCCAGGGCUUUUAUCAAGAGGUGGCUACCCCAAUAUUAAUGCAAAUUGAAAUGCAGUAUCCAGAAAACAUCAUUGAGGGAUUAACCAAGAACAUUUUCAAGCUGUUUUUUGAAGGAUCUGAAAUUAUAGUAUCUGGAAAAAUUAACAAUGAGCUUGAUCUUUUGCCAGUAGAAAUUAAAGCUAAGUCACACACCAGUGACUUGACUCUUAAGGAAGAAGCAAAUGUCAAAGAGAGAGAGCAAGUAUUUAAAAAUCAAAGUUAUAUCUUUGGAAAUUUCAUAGAGAGACUGUGGGCUUACUUAACCAUUCAACAGCUUCUGGAAAAAUCUAUUGCAGCACAAGAAGAGGACCGGAAAGCCCUGGAGGCACAAGCCCUAGAGCUGUCUCUGCAGUACAGCUUUGUUACCCCCCUCACUUCCAUGGUGGUCACCAAACCUGAUGGCCAGCAACAGAGGGAGCUGGCGAAUAAACCCACUGAAGCUGCUGCUUCUAGACGAAGGAGUGGAUCAGCUCCUGUCAAUGUAUAUCCACAGCUUGCCCGACUAUCACCCACACAAACCACAAGAACGUGUUUAAGUACUGAUGGAAAAGCACAGCCCUCUGCCCACCUGCUGUCAGAUCCGGAGCAAGGACUCACUGUGACGGGGAAGCCUGGGGACAGAAUAGAUCGCUUUGUGCAGCUUGAGCUUAACUAUACGAACCCCCCUGCACAAAUCCAUGUCUCCACGGGUGAGAUCGUCAUACAGCACAAUGGUGAGGGCACUCGGCUGCCGUGGGCGGAGUCAGCCACCUCCACCAUCCACGGGCUGAGAGUCUCGGUUGAAAAGGAAGGGAGAGUUACAGUAUCAUCAUCUGAUACCGUCACAGUAGAAAUUUCCCUCAUCAAGUUUCCAGCUGCCUUCCUUAGGGUGUGCUUCUUGAAAACCAACCAUUUGUCUGACAAAUUCAGUGACCUUAUGGGUAAAUUUUAUUCAGAAGUGCAAUUAGACAGGAAUUCCAACAUCAAUCGGAGAGCUUACGAAGGAUUUCCAAAUGUGCCUGGAUUGAGCUCAAAGUUACCACUCAGCAGACACAGGCUAAGGAAAGAUUACAGGCUUGAGGCAACCACUGAUCCUCUUCUGUGCUGGUCAGUAGAUGUAACUCCCCAGAAAAGA